CGCCUCAAAAACUAGUCCUAAAUUAAAAAGUAAAAACUAAGCUACCAAAUCCAAAUCCAAAUCCAAAUCCGAAAUUUAGUGUGGAAGAGGGGCUAGGGUUUAAGGAAAAACACAGAAAGUUUGUAAGUUACCCCUAACUCUUCAAAUUCCAAAUCCGAAAUUCCGUAGAUUUUACUGUGAUUAUAAAAGAAAUUCUCUCUCUUUCUACAUAUUUACAUAAGAUUUUUUUUAUCUCGUUCCAGUUUUCUUCUCUAUCUGAAAAGUUCGACUUCCAGCGUCAAUUCAAGUUACUUUUCGACUUUCGAGUAAAGAAAUUGAAGAAUUUUUCGACGAUUCCAAAGACUUGAAGACGGUAAUGAUGGGGAUGAUAUCUGAAGUAACAAAAACUGUUCCUGGAGUUGUGCCAAGCAAAAGAUUAAGGGUAAAAAUUCUUGCAAAGAAGCCUGUAGAUGGAACUUGUGAUGUCUCGCGAUUGUCAGAAGCCAAAUGUUUUAAGAAGCCAUCAUUAAGGAAUCACAGUUGUAACGCAGUUGUUAGCGGGAAGAAGCUCAAAUUGACAUCAGGAACAACUAAAGAUGUUAUUGGAGCAUGUCAAUUAUCAAAACAAGUGCCUAACUCUAUUGUCGGAUGUAAGCGUAAAACUGACGAGGUGUUAGAUAGUCAAGAAAGAAAGAGUUUGAAGAUGGAUCGCUUUGCAACAUCAAAUUGUCAGAGCAUACUUCAAAAGCUUAUGAAGCAUAGGCUGAGUGUCCCGUUCCUUACCCCUGUAGUACCUGAUGUCUGGGGCAUUUAUGACUAUUUUGACAUAAUAAAAAACCCUAUGGACCUUGGGACCAUUAAAGAGAAAUUGAUGCAGAAGACUUACAUCGACACUGCAGAGUUUGAGGAUGAUGUGAGACUAACUUUUUCUAAUGCGAUGUUAUACAAUCCUCCUCACAAUUGGGUUCAUCAAGAUGCAAAGGAACUCAGCAGGCUGUUCGAUAGUCUUUGGAAGCCUGUCAAAACAAAAAUGGAUAGGGAGUACAGUGAUAUGAACCCAAGUGGUUAUGCCACUAGUCGUAGCAAGGUAUAUGAUGUGAAAGGCAAUUGUCUCUUAAGCAUUUCAUCUGGCUUGGAUCGGUUGCCUGGGAAAGCAAUGUCGCAAAAAGAGAAUCGCUCUGAAGACUUGAAGAAACUCUCAACUCAAGGUAUCCAGAAUGAUCAGAGAGCUGUAAAAGAUGGCAAGCCUAAAGAGUCGUUAUCAUCAAAAUCUAAUUCAGAUUUUAUUGGGCAUAUAUCUCAAAUACAUAAGGAAAGUGCCCCUCGAAUAUCGGCAAAGGUGAAAUGUGAGAAUGCUCCUAGAAAGAAGGUUGCGAAUGAUGAUUUCAGUGCUGUAAAGGUUAAAAGUACUUCAACUUUGCAAAGGGCUAAAUAUGAUCGAGAUGGUGAUGGUGAUGGAACUUUGAGUUCUGUAAAUGAAGAACAUGACAUAGCUAGUGCUUGUGCUGCUGCUGCAGCUGGUUCUUUUGGUGCUUCUGUCAAAGGUUCUGAAAUUGUAUUAGAUGCUGAACUUUCUCCAUCGAAGGCCUUGCAUGCUGCAAAAAUGAUUAGUCGGUUUGCUGAAACCAUACUGAAGGCGCAACAUCAUAAAUUGUUGGAACCGGAUAGUGGAGCUGAUGCGGCAAUCAGGCAACAAGAGAAGGAGAGACUGCAGAAAAAGCAGCAUCAAGAGAAAGCUAGAAUUGAGGCACAACUUAGAGCUGUCCAGUCUGCCAAGCGAUCAAGAGCAGAAGCUGAACUCAGAAAGCAACGGCAACAAGAGAGAGAGGCAGCUCGACUGGCCCUUGAAAAGAUGGAACAAUCAGUCGAUCUUGUUGAUAAUUUGCAAGUCCUGAAAGACAUGGAGGAUAUCAUUGGGAGCUCCUUGGCAGUCAUGUACCAUGAUCGCAGGUCGCGUGCUACUAUGUGGAGUCACAUAGACAGUGAUAAGCUUAGUAGUCCAUUAGAGCGACUGGGUUUAUAUAUCAAGGAAGAAUACAGGGUGGGUGAUGACGAUGACUACGCCUUCCAAGAGGAAGGAGAUUGGGAAGAAGGGGAGCUUAUUGUUUGAGUUAUCAUUUUGUGGACAAAAUCACUGACUAGUUGACUUUCUGGCUUUGAGGGUUGUUGUAAAGGGAACCGAAGGUGACCCUUUCCUAUCGCUGCUCUGCUUAGUUUGUGUUAAACAAGUCCGGAGCUGUCGGGGGUUCUAAUUUUUUGCUGUACUCUUUUCCAGCUCUAGUGAUUAUAUAACUUACUUAUAUAUGAUUUUUUUGAGGAAAUUAUGUAUAUAUAUAUAUAUAUAUAUGAUUAGGAAGCAGCAUGUAAAUGCAUAAUUUUUUGUAAAUGAGCAUAGGUUGAAGCAAAUAGCAAUGGUUCACUAGAAGUUAAGUGUAGUACAUAAUAUAUUUUGGGUGCUGCAGACGUGCAUUUCAUUUGGA